UCGAUUCCAAUUACAAAACAAGUUCCAUAUAGGUCUGGUAGAAAAAAUGAAGUUACCCAAAACGUAUGUGUUGUAUGUUCGUUUGAUAUGUGUUUCACUUGGGUUUGGGCUGGUUGGGAGGGAACAGCACAUAACAAUCGAAUAUUAUGGGAAGCCAUCAACGUUCCUCGUUUGAAAUUUCCCCAUCCACCACCAGGAAAAUACUAUCUUGUUGAUUCUGGAUACAUCCAUAAUCCUGGCUAUAUGGCUCCUUUCAAGAAUGUUCGAUAUCAUCAACAAGAUUUUAAAUGUAGUCAACCACAAGGAGUAGAGGAGCUAUUUAAUUUUACACAUUCAUCAUUAAGAACCGUUAUUGAGAGAUCAUUUGGAGUCUUGAAGAAACGUUUUCCUAUUUUAAAGAUGAUGCCCAAAUAUAGUUUCAAGACACAAGUAUUGAUUGUGAUUGCUUGUGUGACCAUACAUAACUUUAUCAGAAAGCAAAUAGCAUCGGAUUGGCUUUUUGAAAAAGCAGAGAGGGGAGAGUUUGAUGAUGAACAUAGUGAUACUGAUAGUGAUGAUGAUGAGGUUGUGAAUAUUGCAAAUGUGGUAGGUGGUGCGCAAUAACAAAAAUGGGAAGCAUAUCGAAAA